AUGGCUGAUAUUGAAAUGGAAAAAACUCAUAUCCUACAGAAAUAUCUAGAUCUGGACCAAAGGGGUAAGGUUAUCGCUGAGUACGUGUGGAUUGACGGCACCGGUAAUCUAAGAUCAAAAGGUAGAACUUUAAACAAGAAAGUCACCUCUAUCGAUCAGCUACCAGAAUGGAACUUCGAUGGUUCUUCUACUAAUCAAGCCCCAGGUAACGAUUCCGACGUCUACUUGAAACCUGCCGCAUUCUACCCAGAUCCGUUCAGAAGAGGCGACAACAUUGUCGUCUUGGCUGAAUGUUUCAACAAUGACGGUACUCCAAACAAGUUUAACCAUAGACAUGAGGCUGCCAAGUUGUUCCAGGCUCACGAAUCCGAAGAGAUUUGGUUUGGUCUAGAACAAGAAUAUACUUUAUUCGACCAAUACGACCAGGUUUACGGUUGGCCAAAGGGUGGUUUCCCAGCUCCACAAGGUCCAUACUACUGUGGUGUUGGUGCCGGCAGGGUACAUGCCAGAGACUUGAUCGAAGCUCAUUACAGAGCUUGUCUAUACGCCGGUUUGGAGAUUUCUGGUAUUAACGCCGAAGUCAUGCCUUCUCAAUGGGAAUUCCAAGUCGGUCCAUGCACCGGUAUCAAGAUGGGUGACGAAUUAUGGAUGGCCAGAUAUCUGUUACACAGGGUCGCCGAAGAGUUCGGUGUCAAGAUCUCCUUCCAUCCAAAACCAUUAAAGGGUGACUGGAACGGCGCUGGUUGUCACACCAACGUCUCCACAAAGAACAUGAGAGCACCAGGUGGUAUGAAGUACAUCGACGAGGCCAUCGACAAGUUAGCAAAGAGACACAGCGAACACAUCAAACUAUACGGUACUGAUAACGAGAUGAGAUUGACCGGUAGACAUGAAACUGCAUCCAUGACCAGUUUCUCCUCCGGUGUUGCCAACAGAGGCGCCUCCAUCAGAAUCCCAAGAUCCGUCGCCAAGGAAGGAUAUGGUUACUUCGAAGACCGUAGACCAGCCUCUAACAUCGAUCCAUAUUUAGUCACCGGUAUCAUGUGCGAGACUAUCUGUGGUGCCAUUGAAAACGCUGACAUGUCUAAGGAGUUCGACAGAGAAUCCCAAUAG